AAGUUGUAGAGCGAGGCAAUGGCGGGGACCAUGUGCACCUGCCUGCGUGCGUGCGCGCGUGGUUCCGAACGUCAGCCGCUGAGCGAAGAAGGUGUGCGUCGGCCUUAGCCUGAGAAGGCGUCGUGGCCCUACAGCAUGAGCAGCAGCAGCGGCGGCGGGGGCACCCAAGUCGAGGACGGCAACGGAGGGCGACUUCCGGCAGAGGACGACUCUGGUCUCGAGUCGCUGAACGGGUCGGCCUCCGAAGAGGAGGAGUUGGCACAGAGGAUCGUUUCCCAGGUGGAGUUCUACUUCUCGGACGAAAACAUCCUUAGGGACUCGUUCCUGCUAAAACAUGUCCGACGCAACCGCGAGGGCUACGUUUCCCUGAAACUGAUGGCCUCCUUCCGAAAGGUGAAGAGCUUGACGAAAAGCUGGGAAGCCGUCCGAGACGCCCUGCGUAGCUCCACACGCCUUGAAGUCAACCCCGAGGGCACCAAGGUGCGACGUCGAGAGCCCCUGCCCCCGCACGACGAAACUGGACCCUCCCGGUCCGUAGUGGCUUUCGGCCUGCCCUGGGAGCGUCCCUCGGUUGAGGCCGUGGCCGAACUCUUCGCGCGCUGCGGUCCUAUCUCCCUCAUCCGGUUACUGCGACCGGGGGCCGGGGCCGCGCCUCCAGAUGUAAAGCGCUUUCUGCAACGUCAUCCGGAGGUGUCGGCUCCUGGUGCUGCCGUCGUAGAGUUCGAGCGCCACGAGGGGGCUUUGGCCGCACUCGAUCAUGGAAGACGCGGCACUCUUGGGUGCGCCGUGGCAAGCCUACAAGUCCUGUCUCAACCAGAAAGCAACCGGAAUGAGGCAGUUGCUGUGCCUCCAUUGCCUCGGAGGAGGUUUUCAGUGUCCACAUCUCUUGUGGAACAAGGUUCUCCGCCUUCCAGAGGAGGUAUUUUGGAGCCUUCGCUGUCUUCCUCCUCCUCAUGCUGUGGUUUGAGGCGCCGUGCUGCAGGAGUGCUACGGCAGCCCAGGGGUCCAGACGGUACCAGGGGCUUCCAUGCUACACAUGCUUGAGUCUUCCAUUUCUCCCCUCUUUGUGCUUGACAUUAAAACUCUAUCAUGUAGGUGCUUA